UAAUAAAAACCCUAAACGAAAUUGGCGAAAGAAAUAGUCUUGUUGAGAUCGCCGUUUGGAUCGGUUUUUUUAUGAAACCAUCGGCGAGAUAUCUGAGGAGAUAACCGAACCGAACUGAAUUCGCUUCAGCAAUCCCCGAAGUCUCCAACUUUAGCCUUAGUUUGGUCCGAAUGAAAUCCUUAAUUUCCCAGAAGUAAUGACGAGUAGCUCGUCUUCUAAGAAACAAGCUCAAGAUCAGCCUGACAUUAGUGGAUCCACUUCCAAAUCGCAGAGAACCAAAAUGAGUAAAUCCGAUGAAAAGAAGAAGCUUAAAGACAUUGAAAUAAGCGUUCCACUUGUGUAUGGUAAUGUAGCAUUCUGGCUUGGCAAGAAGGCUAGCGAGUAUCAAUCUCACAAAUGGGCUGUAUAUGUUCGUGGGGCAACAAAUGAAGAUAUCAGUGUUGUAAUAAAGAAAGUGGUUUUCCAGCUUCAUUCUAGUUUCAAUAAUCCGACCAGAGUUAUCGAGGAGCCUCCAUUCGAGGUAUCUGAAUCUGGUUGGGGAGAAUUCGAAAUUGCAAUCACAUUGCAUUUCCACAGCGACGUCUGUGACAAGCCAUUGAGUUUAUAUCAUCAUUUAAAGUUAUACCCUGAAGAUGAAUCAGGUCCUUUGACAAUGAAGAAGCCUGUGGUUGUGGAAUCUUACGACGAGAUUGUGUUUCCUGAUCCUUCUGAGAGCUUUUUAGCUAGAGUUCAGAAUCACCCGGCUUUGACGUUUCCAAGAUUACCUUCCGGUUACAACUUGCCUGCUCCUAUGCAAGUCGAAGAUAGUGGUAAAAAGAAGCGUGGUGAUACUAAAGAUCAUAGUUUGGGACAGUGGUUCACUAGCUUCUCUGAAGCAGAUGAGUUGUUACAGCUCGCUGCUGCUCGUCAACAGGUUCAAGCUCAUAUUGCGAAACUCAGGCGACAAAUAAGUUUGCUAGAGGGACAGAAUCAGACCAUCAACAAAACAGGGUCUGAUCCGUGAGUCUUGAGUCUGUAGCCAUUCUUGCAUUGAGUGUGAGAAUGGCUUUGUUGUAACCUUAAUGUGUAUCAUUAUUUAGCGUAGAGUUAUUUUACAAUUCCCUUUUUUUCUUGUAUUGAUAAACAUAAAAAAGAUUAGUUGAGAAAAAUGUAUUUAGGGUCUCCUCCUCUGUUCCAGUCUUCGUUUCUCUUCAGGAUUGUACAAUCCGUUUCACGGUUUGGUUGAUGUUCUGUUUUUUUUUAAUAUAACUGUUUUUUUA